AUGGAGGAGGGAUAUGAGCUCGACCUCACCUACGUGACGGAGCGCAUUAUGCGGUGCCUUCCUCAAGACUGCUUCGAGGAGACUUACCCGAACCUGAGAGACGCGUCACACGCAUGCUCCGCCUCCAAACACGCAGACAACUAUCUGGUGAUCAACCUGUCCGAGAGAAAGCAGGAGCUCACUAAGAUGAACCCUAAGACUCUGGACACUGGAUGGCCGGACUUCCACGCUCCUCCUCUGGAUAAGAUCUGCACCAUCUGUAAGGCCAUAGAGAACUGGCUGAACGCUGACCCGCUGCACGUGGUGGUCAUUCACUGCAGGGUGAGGAUACAGGGAGGGAAGGGCAGGGUUGGGGUGGUCAUCUCCUCCUUUGUUCAUUUCACAGACGUCUCUGCCAGCGCGGACCAGGCUUUAGAUCGCUUCGCCAUGAGGAAGUUCUAUGAUGACAAGGUUUCUGCUUUGAUGACGCCGUCUCAGAAAAGGUACGUGAGGAUCCUCAACAGUCUCCUGAGCGGCUCCAUCAAGAUGAACACGUCUCCUCUCUUCCUGCACUGCGUCAUCAUUCACGGCGUCCCUCGCUUUGACCCCACAGGAGGCUGUCAGCUGUAUCUGAAGGUGUAUCAGGGGAUGCAGGUGGUGUAUGUCUCCGGAGUCUACAGUCACGUUGGAGCCGCUCUCAGAGACAGGAUCUACGUCGCUCUGGAACCAGCUCAGCUUCUGAAAGGAGACAUCAUGGUGAAAUGCUUCCAUAAGAGCGGUCGUUCUGAGCGAGACGCUGUUUUCAGAGUUCAGUUUCACACAGGAGCCGUUCAGGCCUACAGCCUCGUGUUUCAGAAAGACGACAUGGAGCAGGCUAACAAAGAUGCCAGAUUUCCAGAGUAUGGGAAAGUGGAGCUGCUUUUCUCCGAUGGCCCAGAAAGACUUUCAGGUUCAGAGCGCUGGCACAACGGCCCAGAGGUGACCGUCGACUACAUGAGCGCCGACUCUCUCUCCAAGUGGAACUCCUACCAGAACAUCUGCACUGCAGAAGCGGCUCCUCUCCAGUGUCUCACGGUGGACCGAUGCUCGGUGAGGAGGAACGGCAGCGCCACGCUCUCCUCCAGCCCUGACCACACGCUCUCGGCCAGCAGCGACUCGGGUCUGUCCAGUGCCUCGCUGCGCACCGACGGCUGGCCCAGAACCCCGCAGCCCAGCCAGCAGGAGCGCGUGGAGCUCAAGCGGCUGCUCAGCGGCUUCGGCCUGGACGAGAUGAGCCGAGGCUGCGCUGCUCCGGAGCUGCCGCCGAGACUCGAGAAAGGACCGAAGGAGCGCGAGACCGACAUCCUGGACGACGAGGCGCUGGCCUUGCGGCACGACCUGCACAGCAUGGACAGUCUGGGCACGCUCUCCUCGUCCUAUCACAAGAGCAGCCAGAACUCACUGCUGUCAGAUGGCUUCGGCAGCCCCGGCCGCACAGACGAGCCUCACGCGUUCCAGCACGCCGGAUACUCCACACAGACCUGGGUCCAUCAGCAGCAGCUGGUCGCCGCUCAGCAGUACUCGUACCUGCCGGAGGAGGACGCCGCGGAGGAACGCUUCAGCCACCACCUGCAGGAGCUGCUGCCUAAAGCCCCCGUGCAGAACCGCUGUCCUUCGAGCUCGACCGUCUCUCAGAGCCAAGACACGGACAAGAAACACGACGAGGAGUUCAGCUCUCUGACGCUGGACAUCGAUAACUCCAUCCAUCAGCUCAACCAGCUCAUCCUGGACCUGGAUCCCACGUUUGUGCCCAUUUCCACUAAACCCAGCUGCUUCAGCCGAGCCGCUGGAGCAAACGCUCAGACGCGUCAAACAGAGCACAGAUUCAUUAAGAGCCCAAAGACGAGUGAAGGGACAGAGCUCACUGGAGGAAGAGGACAGACGGCCUGGACACUGAACCUGAACACUGCAGAAACACACACACUGACCGCUGCGGCACCACACACAACAGCAUGCAGCGUGUUCAGAGCAGAUGGUGUACAGUACUCAUCUCACAGUUCACUGGACACUGGCAGUGAUGUGAUGCCUUCAACACCAGCCUUUCCCAUCACACCACCCACUCCAUACGUGAAGAGCAUGAUGUGUUACUCAGCGUUCAGACAGACGCCGUCUCCUUCAUUCGGAUCCUGUAGAGCUGAACACGAUAUGAGAGAGAACACAGGAUUCAUUGGAGCUUCAAAUGAAGGUUUCCAGCAUCACCGACCAUACAUCACUGGAGUCACGGCCUUCUCUGACCGAUCUGUAGACUGUGUGAGCUUCGCCCCGUCCUCCGGUCAGUCUCUGCCCGCUCCGAACGCCCACAGCUCUCCUCUGAGCGGCCCGAGAGCCCGAGUCCUGCAGCCAUCUGAGGAGAAGCUGGAGGCGCUGGAGUCUGACGGAGAGCUGUCUCAAGGCUCGGUGUCUCCCAGCGGUUUCUCCAGUCCUCACAGCGGCAGCUCGCUCAGCAUCCCCUUCCCCAGCGUGCUGCCCUCGGACGGGCUGACCGUCAGCUUCGUCCAGGACACCUCCAAGUACUGGUACAAGCCUGACAUCGCUCGGGAGCAAGCUAUCGCUCUCCUGAAGGACAAGGAGCCUGGCUCCUUCAUCGUGAGGGACAGUCACUCAUUCAAAGGAGCGUACGGACUGGCCAUGAAGGUGUCCACACCACCACCAUCAGCCCUGCAGAGCCGGAGAGGAGUGGAUCUGUCCAGCGAGCUGGUGCGUCACUUUCUGAUCGAGUGUUCGGCGCGCAGGCGUCCGGCUCAAGGAUGUCCAAACGAACCCUACUUUGGCAGUCUAAGUGCUCUGGUCUGUCAGCACUCCAUCACUCCUCUGGCUCUUCCCUGUAAACUCAUCAUUCCUGACAGAGAUCCUCUGGAGGACGCUGUCAGCUCUUCAUCACAGUCCAUCACCAACUCUGCGGCUGAGCUGCUGAAACAAGGAGCAGCCUGUAACGUGUGGUUCCUGGGCUCGGUGGAGAUGGAGUCUCUGACGGGGAAUCAGGCGGUGCAGAAGGCCACCGCCGUGGUCCUGAGUGCCGACUCGCUCCCUUCCUCCACCGUAGUGCACUUCAAAGUGUCCUCGCAGGGAAUCACGCUCACCGACAACCAGAGAAAGCUGUUCUUCCGGAGACACUACGCUGUAAACGCCGUCAUCUUCUGUGCUCUGGACCCACAGGAUCGGAAAUGGAAACGAGACGGCUGCUCCUCAGCAAAGAUCUUCGGGUUCGUGGCGAGGAAAGCGGGCAGCGGUCAGGAGAACGUGUGUCACGUGUUUGCGGAGCACGACCCCGAGCAGCCCGCCAGCGCCAUCGUCAACUUCGUCUCCAAAGUCAUGAUCGGCUCUCAGAGGAGUCUCUGAAAAGCAGCAUGUACAGCUUGUAUAUUUGUGUAUUGAACAUGUAAGUAUGGUCUACACAGACUCGAAAGGAGUUAUUCAAAUCUCAACAUACUUGUUUAUGGACAGUAAUGCUUUUUUAAAUUAUUUCUAGUAUCUUAUGUGUAACGCAUCUCACUACUGAUGACAUAAAACCAAAAACGUCUUUGUAAUGUCAUUGCAUUUUAGAUAUCUAUAAAUUUAGGAUUUUUAUUUUUUUUACUUGCAAAUUUCUAUUACAUAUGCCAAGUUGUUUUCUGCAGAAUAAAAUGUAUACUUCAUAUAUAUAUAUAGGUAUAUAUAUGUAAAGGUUAUGCAUGUGGAUUAGUUUCAGAUGUCUGUAAUCAUGUUUGAGGUCUUCUGUGUAUCUGCUCUUCUUCAUGUCAUUUUUUAUCAGUUUUCAUAUAAAAUCUGUUUUUAUAUAAAAAGGCUGUCAUAGAUUCAGUCACGUGUUGUACAGGAGGAUCUGUAUAAGAUUAAUGCUCUGUGUUCUGACAGACUCUCAUAAGCUCAUCUGAACAGAUCUGAUAUAAUACAGGAGCAUACUUGAUGUUGUUAGUAACUGCUGAUUUCCAGAAACUGAAAUGAACGACACACACACACACACACACACACACACAGUCUCUGAAUUUCUGUAGUACUGACUGUGUUCAUGUACUUCAUUGCUUCCAUCAGUGUUGAAUCUGAGAAAUAAAGAAUACAGAGAGAAAUGA